AUGUGUCAUGGCAUCAUUUUACAUCUCUUUCGAGUGAAUAUUUAUAGAGAUCUCCACGAGCCUGCUCUCGUAAUUGGGGGAUGCUUUGUCUUGGUAGCAUUGAUCCUAUCGCUUCUCUUAAUUUUUCAGCAUCUCAGAUACUAUACUAAUCCAUCGGAACAAAAAUGGAUCGUGGGGGUCAUUUUCAUGGUUCCUGUCUAUGCAACUGAAUCAAUUUUAUCCUUGUGGAACCCAAAACUUUCCCUUGCCUGCGACAUAUUGAGGAACUGUUAUGAAGCAUUUGCACUCUAUUCUUUUGGAAGUUACUUGAUUGCUUGCCUUGGGGGUGAGCGACAGGUUGUUGAACUGCUCGAAGAUGAAUCGAGGAAACAAAUCAGCCAGUCAUUGCUAGGAGGAGAGGAGAAACCCGUGACACAAAAAAGGACGUUGUAUAACUUCAUUUUCCACCCAUAUGUCGUGGGGAAGCACUUGUUCACUAUAGAAAAAUUUGGUCUUGUACAAUAUAUGAUUUUGAAGACGGUCAGUGCAUUCCUAGCUCUUAUGUUGGAGAUUUUUGGGGUAUAUGGUGAUGGAAAGUUUAACUGGCACUAUGGAUAUCCCUAUAUCACUGUGGUACUAAACUUCAGCCAGAUGUGGGCAUUAUAUUGUCUUGUCCAAUUUUAUAAUGUGACUCACCAUAAACUCCAGUCGAUAAAACCACUAGCAAAAUUCAUUAGCUUCAAGGCCAUUGUUUUUGCAACAUGGUGGCAAGGGGUGGGUAUCGCCUUGUUGUGUUCUUUAAGGGUGCUCCCAAAGGAACGGAAGUUCCAGACUGGAUUGCAAGAUUUUCUGAUCUGCAUAGAGAUGGCUAUUGCUGCUAUUGCUCAUGUUUUUGUCUUCUCCUCGAAACCAUAUCACUAUGUGCCAACAUCUGUGUAUGAAGAUUUUACUGCCCAAAAGGCUGAAACAACUCUAAAUAUAGAAGAUGGAGAGAAAUCGGCCGUUGUUGAAAAGAUAGAAACUAAGGUUGAGGUUCCAGGGACAAGUGUCAGAGAAAGUGUUCAGGACAUUGUUGUUGAAGGAGGUCAAAAAGUUGUGAAGGAUGUAGUUUUGACCAUAAACCAAGCGAUGGGGCCGGUAGAGAAGGGUAUGACAAAGAUCCAAGAAACUUUCCACCAAACAUCAGUCGAUGAUGAGGAAGAAGAAAACGAGACAGAAAUUAUGAUUGAAGAACAAGAAGAGAAUUCAUCAGGCGAAAACAAAUAUAAACGAGAGACGGAGAUUAAGAUUGAGGAACAAGAACAUAAAUUAUCAAGAGACAACAGAUCUCAGGUGUCUGUAUCGCGAGAUAAAACAAGUUAA